UUGCUCACCCUUCGAGGCGUACGGACGUGCGCUCAUCGUGCUCUCGCGUGUGUAGCGUUGUGCUGCAGUUGUGUGUGGCGUUUGGUCAAAGUAGCAGUGGCAGCUCUAGCAGCAAGUGUUGGCGCUUUUCCGGUGCACAACAAAAGAAACGGUGCAAGAAUAGAAAUAAACUACAUUCUAUUAAACUUCUUUUGUCUAAGCAAGGAAAAGUGCGUGUGUCUCUGUGUGCGUGUUUCACGGCAUUGUGCAACAUUGCCAACCGUUGUUUUCUCCAAAACCCGUUCCACGCAAGUGUGUGCGUGCGCGUGAGCUUAGAGGGUUGCUUUAACUUUGCAUUGUGCACCGUUGUGGCCGGUUUUUCAGUGAAAUAUUGUUUUUCCCCGAGAAAAGCGUAAGCGAAACUAGUUUUCCCGUGCAACACGCGGGUACCCUAGCCCGUUGUGUGCGACGGUGUGUGUGUGAGUGUGAAUGUGGCAGUGGGAAGUGUAGAAGGCACAAAAUCACACCCUUCAAGCGCUAGUGAGCAAGAAAUCCAAGCGCUAAGAGCAGCAGUUGAUUGUUUGCCGUUGUAGUGUGUGGCAUUUAACACAUUCCUAAUGUCUCGGUGUGGAACAGCGGUCCAGUAAGAAAGAACGACAACCUCCGAACGAGCUAAAAAUGACAAAAUCAUUAAGCGGCUUGCCGCUUGGCCUAAUCGUCUGGUCACUUUUCAUCACUGUCAGCAUAACCUCCGCAGAAUAUUAUCAAAAAGAGUCCUAUUCCGAGUACGACUGCAAUGAGCCACUACUGGAGCAUGCCGUCCUUUCGGCCACAUCCCAGCUGCGUGAACGAGGCCCGGAAAAUGCCCGACUAAACGGCCGGUCAGCAUGGACUCCGAUCGAGAACACGUACUUCCACUUCCUCACCAUCGACAUGGGUGAGCGGAAGAUGGUGCGCAAGGUAGCGACGGCUGGUCGUGCGACAACGAGCGAGUGCGUCACGGAGUACAUCGUCCAGUACUCGGACGAUGGUGAGCUGUGGAAAUCCGUCACCGACAGUAAUGGAGAGGAACAGCUGUUCAAGGGUAAUCGGGACGGUGAUGCCGUUCGCAUGAACUCUUUCGAGGUGCCCAUCAUCGCACAGUGGGUGCGAAUCAAUCCUACUCGCUGGCAGAACCGAAUUUCCCUGCGUGCGGAACUGUACGGAUGCCGAUAUGAAUCGGAAAGCAUCUACUUCAACGGCACAGGGCUGGUGCGGUACGAUCUGCUGCGCGAUCCGAUCGCAGCGACUCGCGAAUCGAUCCGGUUCCGCUUCAAAACCGCCCACCCGAACGGGGUGCUGCUCUAUUCCCGUGGGACGCAGGGCGAUUACUUUGCGCUCCAGAUCAAGGACAAUCGGAUGGUGCUGAACGUGGAUCUGGGUGCGAAGAUCAUGACCUCGCUGUCGGUGGGCAGUCUGCUGGACGAUAACAUCUGGCACGAUGUGGUCAUAUCGCGCAACCGGCGGGACAUCAUCUUCAGCGUCGAUCGUGUGAUCGUGCAGCGACGCAUCAAGGGCGAGUUUGAUAAGCUGAAUCUGAAUCGCGAGUUUUACAUCGGCGGCGUGCCGAAUCUGCAGGAAGGACUCGUCAUCCAGCACAACUUUACCGGGUGUAUCGAGAAUCUGCACUUCAACGCCACCAACUUCAUUCGCGAGAUGAAGGACGCGUUCUACGACGGCGAACACCUGCGCUACAGGAUGACGCACGUGACGUACAACUGCCCCGAACCGCCGAUCAAUCCGGUCACCUUCCUGACGCGCUCGUCGCACGCCAAGCUGAAGGGAUACUACAGCUCGAAGCAGUUUAACGUUAGCUUUGCGUUCCGGACGUACGAGGAGAAGGGUUUGAUGCUGCACCACGACUUCCUGCAAGGUUCGGUGCAGGUGUUCCUGGAAGACGGUAAGGUGAAGGUGCGCCUAAAGGAGGACAACCUCGAGCACAACCCGGGCACGAUCCUGGACAACUACGAGGAGCAGUUUAACGAUGGCAACUGGCACCACAUGAUGCUGACGAUCAAGAAGAACAGUCUGGUGCUGAGCAUCGACGAUCGGCCGAUGGAGACGACCAAGUUGCCGAGGGGCGAAAAUGAGUCAAAUAGCACGGACAGUUUCAGGCUGAUCGACAUCACAACCGGAACGCUGUACUACAUCGGCGGUGGCAAAACGAAGGACGGAUUCGUGGGCUGCAUGCGAUCGUUUGCGAUCGACGGCAACUACCGCAUCCCGACCGAUUGGAAGGAGGAGGAGUACUGCUGCAAAGGGGAGAUUCUGUUCGACGCCUGCCACAUGGUGGACCGCUGCAAUCCCAACCCUUGCAAGCACAAUGGCAUCUGCAAGCAAAACUCGAUGGAAUUCACGUGCGAUUGUGCGGGGACUGGGUACGCCGGGGCCGUUUGCCACACGCCGAUGAACGCGCUGUCCUGCCAGGCGUUUAAGAACGUGCACGACGUGAAGCAGAAGCAGCGGAUCGAGAUCGAUGUGGAUGGCAGCGGGCCGCUGGCCCCGUUCCCGGUGACGUGCGAGUUUUAUUCGGACGGCCAGGUGGUGACGGUGUUGAGCCACAGCUCGGAGCACACGACGCGGGUGGAUGGCUUUGCGGAGCCCGGUUCGUUCGAGCAGAACAUUAUCUACGAGGCGGAUCUGCCGCAGAUCGAAGCGCUGCUGAAUCGUUCGACCGAGUGCUGGCAAACGCUCACGUACGCGUGCCGCUCUUCGCGCCUGUUCAACUCACCGUCCGAGGCGGAGAAUUUCCGACCGUACGCGUGGUGGGUAUCGCGCCACAACCAGCCGAUGGACUACUGGGCCGGCGCCUUGCCCGGUUCGCGCAAGUGUCAGUGUGGCGUGGUGGGCAACUGUAUUGACCCCACGAAAUGGUGCAACUGCGACUCGAACAGCCUCGACUGGCAGGAGGAUGGGGGCGAUAUUCGCGAGAAGGAGUAUUUGCCGGUGCGUGGCCUUCGCUUCGGCGACACGGGCACGCCGGUGGACGAGAAGCUCGGCAGGUACACGCUCGGCCCGUUGCGGUGCAGCGGGGACAGCUUGUUCAACAACGAGGUAACGUUCCGCAUUGCGGACGCCACGAUCGAUCUGCCGCCGUUCGAUAUGGGCCAUUCGGGCGACAUCUACUUCGAGUUUAAGACGACGAUCGAGAACGCGGUCCUGCUGCACGCUCGCGGCCCGACCGACUUCAUCCGGCUGGACAUUGUGGGCGGAACGAAGCUGCUGUUCGAGUACCAGGCCGGCACGGGCACGCAGAAGGUGUACGUGGAGAUGAGCAACAAGCUGAACGACGACCGGUGGCAUUCGGUGAGCGUGGAGCGGAACCGGAAGGAGGCCCGCCUCGUGGUGGACGGUUCGACGAAGGCGGAAGUGCGUGAACCGCCCGGUCCGGUGCGUGCGCUGCACCUGAACUCGACGCUCACGGUCGGGGCACGGUUGGACUAUCGCGAUGGGUAUGUGGGAUGCAUCCGAGCGUUGCUGCUGAACGGUGAGGCCGUCGAUCUGCGAUCGUACGCCGAACGGGGACUGUACGGCGUGUCGCCGGGAUGCGUCGGCCGCUGCGAGUCGAACCCGUGCCUCAACAACGGUACCUGUACGGAGCGGUACGAUGGGUUCUCGUGCGAUUGCCGCUGGAGCUCGUUCAAGGGACCGAUCUGUGCUGAUGAAAUUGGUGUAAAUAUGCGUUCGUCGUCGAUGAUCAAGUACGACUUCCAAGGUGCCUUCCGUUCGACGCUGUCCGAGCACAUCCGCGUCGGCUUCACCACCACCAAUCCGAAGGGCUUCCUGCUCGGCCUGUUCUCCAACAUUACGCAAGAGUAUCUCACGCUGAUGGUGUCCAACUCGGGCCAUCUGAAGGUGGUGUUCGAUUUCGGGUUCGAGCGGCAGGAGCUGAUCUACCCGGUGAAACAUUUCGGCCUGGGCCAGUACCACGACGUGCGCUUUUCGCGCAAAAACUCCGGUUCGACCGUGGUGCUGACGGUGGACAACUACGAGCCGCAGGAGUACCAUUUCGACAUUAAAGAUUCGGCCGACGCACAGUUCAACAACGUCGAGUACAUGUACAUCGGCAAGAACGAGUCGAUGAAGGACGGGUUCGUGGGGUGCAUCUCGCGCGUCGAGUUUGACGACAUCUAUCCGCUCAAGUUCCUGUUCCAGGAAAGUCCGCCACCGAACGUCCGAUCGCUCGGCACACCGCUGACGGAGGACUUUUGCGGCGUGGAACCGGUGACGCAUCCACCGAUCGAGAUCGAAACCCGUCCACCGCCGCUGAUCGACGAGGACAGGCUGCGCGAUGCUUACGGGCCCGAUACGGCCAUUCUUGGAAGUGUGUUGGCGAUCAUCCUGCUGCUGCUGAUACUGAUGGCGAUACUGAUCGGUCGGUACAUGAACCGGCACAAGGGCGAGUACCUUACGCAGGAGGACAAGGGUGCCGAGGCGGCGCUCGAUCCGGACGAGGCGGUCGUCCAGUCGACCACGGGCCACCAGGUGACGAAGCGAAAGGAGUUCUUCAUCUAGACGGCCAAGCUGCCCGUCGCUGCCCCGCUGUAAAUACUGUUAAAAUCGCGUUUCCCGGGGAGAAAAAAAGGCAGGAGGAGAAGAAACCCGGAGCGAAACAAACCAGAAAUGAAUGGCCAUUCCGUGUUCUCGAACGCUGCUGUUUGCUGUUGUUGUACGCGGUGUUACAUUUUUUAAGGUUAGCAGAUAAUUUGUCUUACUUUACUAUGAUUUGACUCAAAACAAUCUCAACACACACCCGACCCGUCCAUUACAGAAGGUAUUUCGAAACGAAGCAGGAAUGGGAAAAUGAAUUAAAAAACGAUCCAUCCGAUCUGUUUUCAUUCGUUUCUACCUUAGUUAAGGCUUUAGUUUGUAGCAUAUGUCUUUCUUUUUGUGUGACAAGGAACGAACGAAAUAGGAAGGCGUUUGAUCGGACUACGGGGGGGGGGGGGGGGGGGGAUUGCGUAGGAAUCUCAAAUAUCAAGAAUAAGAGCUCCGAUCCGAUCAAGAUCGAACGCCAGCUAUUUUGUUUGCUUACAAAUUUCCUUUUCAUUUAAUCCGUCCCAUUAUUGUACUUUUAGUUUUGUAUUUCUUCCUUUUUUUUUAAGCCGUACGCGUAAAGUAACGAACGAACUAUUCGAAAAACACACACACACACAGCUACGCGCAAGCUCGCUGAGAACGAACCAAUAGCAUGAGAGAAAAAUGAUAGAGAAAAAGGUUAGCCACGAAACGACAGAGAAAUCACGAAUAAAACGAGGAGGAAAAUGCGUUUGGAAAAGCGAAGCGAA